UGUCUGUUCAUGAUAUCACAACUGUCACGGGAUAUUCAUGGUUUUAUUUUAUACCAUUCAGUAAGACGAGGAUAUACAUCUGACUACAUUCAGUCUCUGUUCACUCGUUCAAGACAUAACACCACAUAAGGAAAUGAUGUUUAAGAAACUUAUCUGUGUCUGCCUGGUGGUAGCGAUUGUUAGCAGCGAUACAACGGAAGAAUUCUCCAGCUCCAUAGAAAUACCUCCUGCAACAUCCAGCAUUGUGAACCUAGCUUUAGAAGAACUAAAGAAACACGGAGCAAACCCAAAUAAUAAAGGUGUCUCUCUUCGUUCCUCGGACUCGCUGUUCGGAUUCGGGAUCGGUGGAAAUCUGCUAGGAGUGCAUGCAGGCGCAGGUAUAGGCCAUGGCCGUGGAGGCUAUGGUGAUAUGGGACAAGGGUUUGUUGGCAAACCUGCAGGAAGCCAAUAUCCAAAAUAUCCACAGUUUCCCAAAUAUCCAUACCCUUCGUAUAUGCCACCACAACCAUACUACCUCCCAGCAGCUCAGGCACCCUAUUGAUAGGCUCAAGGGAUACCACCAGUGACACCUGCAACGUGUUACCUUUCCCUUGCACAUACAUGGAUUUCAGUUGGAGAUUUCAUUGAAUAAGGAUCUCCAUAUCUACUUAAAUAUAUAGCACUACUCAAAGAUAUUGUCAUGAAU